CUCGGAAAGGUCAGGAUUGUGCAAGCCGCUUCCUUCCCUUCCUUGGGAUGCGCUGGCUCCUCCUCCCCGCCCCAUAGAAAGGGGCCAGGAUCCAACGGGAACGGCUCCGAGAUGCAGCCGGGAGACGCCUUGGAGGAGCUGGAGCUGGGGGAGCAGGAGCAGGAAGCCCCUAAAGGAGGAGAGCAUCCAUUGGGGAACGCUCUUUGGGAUCGCCUCAUCCCGGGAAUAUCCAUCCCUCCAGCCUUGCUUCCUGAUCGAGCCAUUGCUUUGCUCUCCGUGCUCCUGGCCCUCUCCUUUGUGCUCCUCAUGGCUCUGAGCAUCGUGAACUUCCGGAGAGUAUCCAUGGCAUGGGAAGCAUUGGAAGAGGCUCGGAUGCGGGAUGAGAGCAGCCACACAGCGGCAUGGCUCAACCUCUCGCAGGUCCAGCACGCUCUCGACAAGCAGCUCUCCAAGGAGGCCAAGGCCGUUCGCAUCCAACUCCUCAAUGUGUCUCAGGAGGUGGAGAAGAUGCAGGGGAGGAUGGCGCAGUGUGAAGCGGGAUGCGGGAAGGAGCUCUUGGGUCGCCUCCAAGACCUGGAGGCAAGGAAUGCGCUGGAGCCGGUGCUGCAGCAGCUGGAGGAGGUGAAGCGGGAGCUCUCCGUGGUGCUGGAGGAGUCGCGCGGCCUAUCGAGAAUCCUGUGCCCCACGUGUCCCCCCGGGUGGCUGCAGUUCGCCAGGACCUGCUACUUCUUCUCCAGCACCACCAAAUCCUGGUUGGAAGCCAAGGAAUUCUGUGGGGACCUCAAUGGGCACUUGGCCACCGUCAGCUCCGAGCAGGAGAAUAAAUUCCUGGCAAAUCACGUCAUGGAGAACCGGAUCUUCUGGCUGGGGCUGACAGAUUCCUCCAGGGAAGGCCAUUGGCAAUGGGAGGAUGGGAGCUCCCUCUCCGUCUCCUUCUGGAAUAGCGGCGAGCCCAACAACGUGGGGGAGCACGGGGAGGAUUGUGCCACCAUCUUCUCCAAUGGGCGCUGGAAUGAUGUGUCCUGCUCCAACAAGGAAGCUUGGAUCUGCGAGCGCUCUUGUUGAUGCCCCCCCUUCCAAAAGGAUCCAAAUGGGGGGGGGGAACCAGGAAAAACAU